GUCGGUGAUCACAGUAAUCAGUAAAAAAUGCUGAUAGAUAGCUGGUAUAAGUUAUUUUAGGAUAAUAAACAACGCUAUUGUAUUGUUUGAUAUGUAGAAUAUCGGAGUGAAAUAUGUUCCACAUUUAAGUUUCCCUAAAAUCAAUCCUUAAAGCAUAACUAAAUCGUAAAAAAGUGCAAUAACUUUUUUAGGUUUCGUUAUUUUUUAAGUGUUUAUUUUGCCGAAAAUGUUCCAUCAACUGGAAGUAGUCAUUUGGAAAAACCUAAUAAUAAGAAAGAGGCACUGGUUUCUAACCAUAAUCGAAGCUGCUCUACCCAUUUCUCUAUUCCUAUUUAUCGCCUACGGUCGAAGUAAAAUCAACGGUUUGAAUAAACUGGAAAUCACCGAUCCCACUUACAAUGAUAUACACGGAAUCCAUUAUAACAUAAACGUAGGGAGCACGUAUUUCCUCUAUACCCCCAGUAACGAUCACUUCGAUGGAAUCGUCAACAGAUUGAAGGAUAAAUUGCAACUUCCCGGUGAUCAAGUAGUAGCGUUCCCCAACAGCGAAGAAUUGCUGAAAUAUUACUACAAAAAUCUCAAUUAUACCACCAUAGCUGUUAUCUUCGAUGACACGAAUUUGAGCAAAUUUAAUUACAAAAUUCGUUAUCACGAUGACAGCAGUGUCCUGUAUACAAGCAGAAAAUACGUUAAUCCGUAUUUAUUUCAACCUCGAACAGGGAGCGCUUACGACAAUGGCGAUUUUAUACCGAUUCAAAUGGCCUUGGACAUGUCGUUUAUAGAGCAAAACUUAAAGAAGGAUCUGGACCUGCCGAUUAUGCAGUUGGAGUUCCCUUACCCGCCUCACAAGAGAGAUUCCUUUACGACCACGUUAUUCUUGGACCUUUUGUCGUUGAUAACGCUCUUCAGUUUCAUAUUCAUGUGUCCGGCCGUUUUGAAACGCGUUGUCGAAGAGAAAUACACGGGAACCAAAGAACUCAUGAAAAUGGUAGGAAUGGAAUCGUGGAUGUUAUGGUUGGGUUGGUUCGUUCACGGGUUAAUACCCAUUAUUGUGGCUGUUGUUUGGAUCGUUAUAUUCAUGAAAGUACCGAUGUUUGGUACCGAUUACCCGUUGAUCGAGUUCACCAAUUGGGGAAUAUUAUUGUGUUUUUUAAUUUUGUAUUGUUCCGCCGCGUUGACCUUUUGCUUUGCUGUUAGUUCGUUUUUUAGUAAACCUGUUAUUGCUUUGGUGGCUGGUAUGUUACUCUGGAUAUUGUCGUAUUUUAUACCGAGAUACGCCUUUGAUCUGGAUAAUGGUAAUACCCUUUCGUUGUCAUUCAAUAUAUUUUUGAAUAUACUACCCAAUAUGGCCCUUCACUACGGUUAUUCGGCCGUGAAAGUGUUUGAGGAAAGAGAAAUCGGAGUACAAUGGAACAAUUUCUACCAGAGCGGCAGCGGCGGCUCUGACGAUGUUACAAUGCUACACGUUUACUUGAUGUUAAUGUUCGAUAUAUGUUUUUACAUGUUGUUUACAUUGUACAUGGACGGGGUGAAUCCCGGAAAAUACGGCGUGAGAAAAUCGAUUUUGUUUCCGUUCAUCGAAUUGAGAAAGUCGUUUCAAGAAUUCUCCAACAAAAAGCAAGUUAGCAACGAAACGGUGCGUUUGGAGAACGUCGAAGACGGCAACGGGUUGCAGAAAGGUAUCGAAAUAUGCCAUCUUCACAAAAGGUACGGCCAUAAAAUGGCCGUUGAAAAUUUGGAUUUGGACAUCUACAAGAAUCAAAUUACCGUUCUUUUAGGACACAAUGGCGCUGGAAAGUCUACUACCAUGUCUAUGAUAACAGGAAUGAUCGAGGCCACUUCGGGUUCGAUCAAAAUCAACGGCUUGAGCGUCAAAUACCACAUGAAGAAGAUCCGACAAAGCCUAGGAUUAUGCCCUCAACAUAACUUGCUAUUUACCGAUUUGACUGUCAAAGAACACCUCUUAUUAUUCGCCAAGUUAAAAGGCAAAACAUCAUCCGAAGCGAACAAAGAAGCCAACGAGCUGCUGAAUAAAUUAAACCUCUCCGACAAACACAACUCAUUGGCUCACACGCUAUCAGGAGGCAUGCAGAGAAAACUCUGCCUGGGAAUGGCUCUAAUCGGCGGCUCUAAAGUGCUGAUACUGGACGAGCCGUCGUCGGGCAUGGACCCGGAGUCGCGACGCUACCUGUGGGAUUUGCUGCUGCAAUGGCGCGGCGAGAAGACCAUACUGAUCACGACGCAUUUCAUGGAGGAAGCCGACGCGCUGGGCGAUUGGAUCGCCAUCAUGGACAGCGGCCGGCUGGAGUGCUUCGGCACGCCGCUCGAUUUGAAAAAGAAAUACGAAACUGGUUACCACUUGUCCCUGAUGCUGGAGCAUACAACUAGCGAGAAAGAGAUCGCCGAGUUGGACGGUUUGAUCAGAUCCAAAGUGCCCGACGCCAAGAUGAAGUCGUCGCAGGGGAACAACGUCGUGUUCGUGUUGCCUAUAGAGAAGGCCAAGGAAUUCGCGGCGUUGUUGGAGCAUUUGGAGCAGCGCAAGGAGGAGUUGCAGAUCAACAAUGUGUCGGUGACGAUAACAACGUUGGAGGAUGUGUUUUUGAAAGCUCGAGCGGAGUCUUUGGACGAUGUUGAUGGUCGGUCGGAAUUGCCGGAAGCACAGAGAGAAACGAGCGGUCUUAUUAAAUAUAGGUCGCUGUUUUGGAAAAAGUUGUACUUUUUCAAGGCUAAAUUCAAGUCGUACGCUCUAUUGUAUCUGAUCGCUUUGGUUUUCUUCAUCCUUACGAUAUUCCUGAGCAACAGCCGAGAUACGAUCACCCAAAGCGAACCGGAACUCAAACUAUCUUUGAGCACUUACAAACAGACAUCAGUUUAUUACAAUUACUCAAUCGGCGACGAUUUUGCAAAAUCCGCCGUGCGUUUUUACAAGAAAAACGUCGAAUCGGAAAAGAGCCUACCAUUUAACGUCACCGACGUCGAAAAAGCCAUAAUAAAGAAGAGCACGGAAAACAUCGCCUACUACAAAGAGCACAUGAUAGCCGGCGCCUCGUUCCAACCGGACGGCAGCGUAAUCGCUCUAUACAACGCCCUAUCGAUCCACAGCCUGCCGAUAUCCCUCAACCUCAUCACCGACUCCUUGGCCAAAGCCCUGCUCGGCCCCGAGUACUCCAUAUCGCUCAGCAACUGGCCGCUGCCCACCGUGGUGAAGGCCCCGCGCAACGACGAAUUCGCCGAGGCCAAAGUGGGCGUCCUGUGGCUGGUGCUGUUGCCCAUCGGCUGUCUGUUCGUCGUCAGCGGCUUCAUAGCCUUUCCGCAAAUCGAGAUAUCGACCAAGUUCAACAAGCUGCAGUACAUGUGCGGCACCAAGCCGUGGCAGUACUGGCUGACGACGUUCCUCUGCGACUUCGCCUACUACACCGUCGCGUUGUUCGUCUUGUCGAUGCUGCUGUGGCUGCUCUCGCCCAGAUUGAUGCACAGGCCAGUCGAAUUGGUGAGCAAGAAGAGAAGAGAACAAAAGGUACAGACUAUUCUCUUCUCUUUAAACUCUCCUACUCUUCUCAUCGAACUGAAUUAUUCCAACUGCCAAGGAGUUUUGCUGCUGAUAUUCACGAUGUACGGCCUGUCGAGCAUACCGCUGGCGUACCUGUUCAGCAGGAAGAAGAGCGCCUCGGGCGCCUUGGCCGCCUUCGUCAUCAUGGGCCAGUUCAGCGGCGUCAUUCUGACGUUGAUCGUGAACAUUCUGCUGGAGUUCCCCGACGACUAUUACAAGCGCAUCGGCGACGCGUUGAGCUAUCUGUUCUACUUGUUCAUACCGCAAGUCGGCCUCGCCGAUUCGCUGGUGCGUUUCUCCCGACGGGCCGUGGGCAUUUACAACAUCGAGAACGCCCCGCACAAAUUGGCGGCCAGUUGUAUGUCGGAAUACAUGGAACGUCAUCCCUGCUGCGUCGCGGAUUCCAAGGAAUGCAAGGACUUCAAAAACUACAGCGGCGUCCUCGGCGACUACCGCUUGGUGUACAUGAGCGCACUGAGCUUCGUCCUCUACGCCACCGUUAACAUCAUGUUGGAUUCGUACGUGGUGAAGAAGCACGUGUUGAGGACGAUCUCGACGGUGCGCAGCAUGUUCGCGAAACACCAAAAUCGCCUGUUGAAGGUCGAAAGGAUCCAAGGGGCCACGGACACGUUGCAAGCGAGCAACUUGUGCAAGAACUACGCGGGCGAGGCGAUCGUCGACAACAUAAAUCUGUCGCUGAAGGACGAACAAUGCUUGGGGAUAUUGGGCGUGAACGGGGCGGGAAAGAGCACCACGUUCCGGAUACUCACCAGAGACGAGGUGCACGACGAGGGUACCAUUAAGAUGAAAAUCGGUGAGAAAACCUUCGAUAUCGAGGAUAGCGCCUACUUGGAGACGUUGGGCUACUGUCCUCAAGUAGACUCGUUGAAUUUCGUUCUAACCGGUAGACAAAUAUUAAGCAUCAUCGCUCAGCUCCGAGGCGAAGCCGAUCCAGCCGUUGUCGAUGCGUUCUUGAAAAUGUUCGAAUUGGAGCAAUACGCGGACGUUCCGUGCGGCCAUUACAGCGGCGGCAACAAGAGGAAGCUCAGCCUGGCCGUGUCGCUGAUCGGCCUGCGCAAGAUCGUGCUGCUGGACGAACCGACCAACGGGGUGGAUCCUCGAUCGCGCCGAAAGUGCUGGGAGUUCAUCAAGCAGAUGCAGGUCCAGAAGCACCUGGCGUUCAUACUGACGUCGCACAGCAUGACCGAAUGCGAGGCGCUCUGCAACGAUUUGAAAAUAAUGAAGAAGGGAAAGUUCGUCAAGGAAGGAAAUUUGGCGGAUUUGAAGAACAGCCACGAAGGGUUUUCGUUGAAGUUCAAAUUGUGCAGCAAUUCUAACGAAGACGUGGACGAGGUGGACGGGAAUUGUCACGGGUCUGCGACGAACAGGUUCAACAACAUCGAAGAGUUGAUAGCGCAUUUUACCAAAGACAAUCGGGGAGAGAUCAAAGAUCGGCAUUCCGGUUUGUUGCACUUUUACAUAAAAGAGAAGAAUAAGAAAUGGAGCAAGAUCUUCAAAGAGGUGGAGGAGAUCAAAGCGAACAAUCCGCAUUUGAUUGAAGAUUACGCCAUCAGCGAGGCUUCUUUGGAAGAUAUAUUUUUGCAGGUGGCCCGAACCGAUGAAGAGGGACCUACGAAUAGCAAGAAGAAUUUAUAAGAAUUUAACCAUCGACCUUGGGAUGGAUCAUUUCAUGAUAUUACAACCUGCAGGUUACAAAUUUAACGGUUAAUUUUCUGUUCUUCCAGGACUAAACAACCAAAUUUGGCCGAUAACGGGAGGUAAUCGCAUAAAAUGAUGCUUCAUAUGGAUGAAGAGAAUUAUGAUAACCAGUAAAACUAAAAACUAAAGUUGCAAAUGUUUCACUAAACUUUUUAAACUGUGGCCUUUUCUAAUGUAAUUCACGUGCACUGUCGCAAGUUUAUAAAGCAAUAUAUUGUGUCCCUUUAAAAAUUAUUAGGGCACCCUGUAUUUGAACUUGAGCUUUUAGUUUUAAAUCGGCAAAAGAACGAGAAACAAAAUUGAUGAAAAAAAUUGCAAAACAUGCUAAAAGCGUUUUUUAUAAGUUUUAUAUUUUAUAAUGUGUGAUAUUGGUCUCAACAGUUAGCAAG